CUUUGAACCGGAAAAGAUUCUUCACAGGGUCUGCGUUCACUGCGUCUGUUUCUCUAGAGACGUUAUGCUAACUUUUCCUCGAUGCAUGUAAAAUAUUGCUAUUAAACAUGCUUUUACCAUCUUGUCACGUUUUAAAAUAACUACCAUGGGAUGUGCAGUGAUUACGUUGGAAUUUUUAUGCAUUUUAUCGUUUUCCCUUUUUGUUAUUUCAUUUACAGCAAGCCCAGAUAAAGAUGAGGUCCCUGAGUUCAAGGUGUCAGAUGAUUACAUGGACGCAGAGCAGACUCUCGAAUAUACGAUGGAGGAAACACAGGUUGUUACUAAACAGCAGUACAAAACCGCUGAAAUAGCAGAUGCAGUGAUGGGAAUUGAGGUACCACCCAGUUCAGCUGGAAUCAAGUCACUCAUCCCAAACUCUGCAGAUCCCAUCACCGGGUUCACGGCUCCUUGUGAUGAGGAGACAUGUGUCAGUGAGACUCCAGAGGAGGCAGACGAGUUGGACGUCAAAGAGAACGAGGAACGCCUAACUUUAGAAAUGAUCCACACCGAUAGUUUGGCUAGCGAAGAAAACGCCACAGAAACAGCAAAAACGUAUAAAGUGAACUGCGAUAAAAGAAAUAUCACCGGAAUGGACAAUUUCACAGUUCAGGUUCUCAAUGCAUCACAGGACUUGAUGGAUUUUCUUAACGUCAAUGGCACAGAAUGCUCCCUGGUUCUGUUUUUCACUACUUGGUGCCAGUUCUCUGCCAGCCUUGCCCCACACUUCAAUGCAGUACCCCGUGUGUUUCCCACAAUGCACUUCUUGGCUCUGGAUGCCUCUCAGCAUGGCAGUCUUUCCACGCGAUUUGGUACAGUUGCAGUCCCCAACAUACUGUUGUUUCAAGGAGUGAAACCAAUGGCCAGGUUUAAUCACACAGACAGAACCCUUGAAACACUGACAUCAUUCAUAGUCAAUCAAACAGGUUUUGAAGCCAUUUCAGAUCAGAUUGUGACAGAGGAGGAUACUAUCGGUCCUCUUCCAAGUGUGCCUGUGAAGAGCAUAGAUUGGCUCCUUGUCUUCUCUAUCCUGUUUAUAAUUGGCUUUACAGUGUAUGCCAUCUUGCGAACAGACAGUGUCCGCUGGCUCAUACCAGGACAAGAUCAUGAACAUCAGGACUAAGCACUGGCAGUUACACUGCUGUUUUUUGUUUUGUUUGUUUGUUUGUUGUAAUUAUUUUCUUCACGUCCCCUCACAAGUGACAUUGUGAUUGGGAUUGGUGUAUUUAUUGUGUUUGGAGAUUUGGGGUUGCACUGAGCAGAUUUCAUUUCAGAGGUUUUCUAAUUUCUUCACAUUUGUCAUGCUUUUAACUUUUGCAAUCAUUCGAUUUCUCUGAAUAAAAAAAAUAAUCAACCAA